CGCCCCACACACUAAAACACACACACUCUGGCCUGCUCGGCUUCCAAGGCCACACAUUCCCUAAAUGAAGAACGUCGUGGACCACAGGGGCAGUUUUUUGUCCUUCCUUGGAAUUUAUAAAGUGUGGAUUGAAAUUUCACACAUCCGAUGACUACUUUGGCUCGAGCGAAGACGUCAUGGCCAAAGUCUUUGGACUCUAUGUUGCAAUAUUGACAGUGCUGGCCUUGCAUGAAUGUUCCUUGGCCAGCUGGAACACCACUGACAAAGCCGUCAAUCAAACGGAAGGCCCCUGCCGUCGCCAGGGCAACGGAGACAACUGCACAGCGCCUACUCUGGACACGGGACAGUGGAAUGGACACUUCAGCAAAUGUCCGCAUGAACUUCAUCACUACUGUAUCCAUGGAGAGUGUCGCUACAUUAAAGACCAAAAGACACCGUCCUGCAGGUGUCAGUAUGGUUACAUCGGUUCCAGGUGCGAGUACGUGGACCUGGACGGGCGGAUAGGAGAGAGAAAGCAGAUCAUCAUCAUCUGCGUUAUCGCGGCACUCGUGGUCCUUAUUCUUCUCAUUGUGUUUAUUUUUGUCUGUUCACGUCGCAGAUUUCGAUGUUGCCGGAAGAGGAGUCGGCGGCGGGGGGAACCGAAGAACGGGACGGAGAAACUAAACAUGAUGGCUCCCAAAACGCAUCCGGUAACAUCGGACUCAGGGGAGCCUUUAAACAAUAACGCCGUUUGACAGGAGUGUGCGUUCAUGCCUGUCUGGGAACAGUUCAAGUGUCGUUUUUGAUGGAUGCACAGGAGCUGCUGAAAUCCAGCCCUCUGGCCUUUUCGAAAUGGAAUCCUUCUUGACAGCAAGCCAUCUCUGCACACCAUGGAGGACAUUCAAAUGUGAAGUCUGCAAAGCCUGGGUGGGACAUUGAGAUAGCGAUAACUUAGUUGGAUUUACGAUAAACCCGAGCCAGGGGUGAGCGCUCAAGGGAACAUGCUGGACUAAUUAGGCCGCUAUCGGCCCUUUUAAAAGCCACCAAUUGUGGAUCCCAGCAAAAUCAACACUUUCCAUCAGUUCGUCCAUCAUCCACAGUAACUUGCUGAAUACGCCGUAUUGUAUGAUGUCAUUGCUUAUUUAUCAACAUUAUCAAUGCAAAGUGUCCUUGGCAACCAAUAUGAUGUUUGCCCAUAAUUUAAACUCACUCCUUACUUUUGCUGUAAAUGUUAAGCCUCUCUCUAGUCUGUAUAUGGAAAAUCUUUUUGAAAAGCAUUGGCACAAGUGUUACGCCACAAGCCGCAUUUUUGUUUUUGAUGAUCUGGAAGGACUCGUAAAUGUGAAAAGAUUGCAGGAGGAG